AUGUUUUUUCAUGCAGGCACCCAGAUCGCGCCGUUCCUACCAAUCCACGGCCCACAGUCAUGGUUCCAGAGCACAUAUGGCUUCUUCAUAUUCCUCUUCCGCCUACCGUUCUUCAUCUCGGUGGUUGCACCGUACCUGCUGAUCGUGAAUUGGCUGCCCGUGGGCUCGUUUAUCCGGAAGGUGUGGCUGUGGUGUAUACUCGGCGUGAGCGGAGUCUGGUGGGUGGAUUUACAGGUUGAGGGUGUGAAGCGCGGAUCUCUAGCACGACAAGCGACGCGCUUCCCAGGCCCAGGCAACAUAAUCCUGUCCAGCUACACCUCCCCGCUGGACGCAAUCUACCUCUCCGCGAUCUUCGACCCGAUCUUCACAGCUUCAUACCCCAGCACGCGUCUCGUCGAGCGGGUAUCUCUCCCCGCGUUCCUCUUCCGCUACUUCUCGACGCCGACCCUGCGGCCCUCGUCAACCGCGAACCUAAUCUCACUCUCCGACCUGCUCUCGCAGAACCCAACACGCACGAUCCUCGUGUUCCCGGAGGCCACACCAACCAACGGCCGCGGAAUCCUCCGCUUCACCCCCGCCCUCGCCUCCGCUCCCAGAAAAGUCAAGAUCUUCCCGAUCUCGCUGAAAUACACCCCCGCGGACAUCACCACGCCCGUGCCCGGUGCCUACCAGAAGUUCGUGUGGAGCUUGCUCUCGCGCCCGACUCACUGCAUUCGCGUGCGUAUCGGCGAUACGAUCUAUAACGAUGCCGGCGGCGAGCGCAGGAGGUCCAGGUCUUCCGAGGAGGAGGAGAGGGAGCGCGAGAGCUCGGAUACUGUCGCCGACGCGGACGAGGAUGAGGAUUUAGAUGGCGUGUGUGAGCGCGGGAGUGAGGCCUUGGCUAGAAUUGGUAGGAGCAAGAGGUUGAAUCUGGGCGUGAAGGAGAAGAUUGAGUUCAUUGCCGCUUGGAGGAGGAGGAAUAGGCUGAUGGCGUAG